AUGGCGGAAAAAGUGUUUAUAUAUUACAUCAUUCUGCUCGUGGUUGCAAAACCUGCAUAUCCUACAAAUUCUUGCUCUGUCACUGACUAUGUCGACAGUUGUAAAUAUACAGUGAGAUGUGAAAUUUACGCCGGAAGUGCCCAAGUGUAUUCUUGUAGUUCUGAACCAUAUGUCAUUUUUAUUAUAUCACAUUCAAGGAUUGAUGCACUGACUGCAGGUUUCUUUGGUUCAACGAAUUUCGACUCAAGAGUUCGUGAAAUAAGGGGUAUUGAAAAUACGUGGAAUAGUAUAGAACCAUAUUCAUUUAAAUAUUACGCAAAAAGCGUUGUGGUUGAUUUAUCUGGUAAUCAUAUUAAAACUAUUAAAAAUGAAGCCUUUAAGAAUUUUGCCUACCUCAAUUAUUUGAAUUUAUCAAAUAAUGACAUGGAAAGUCUUUCUCCGAGUUCCUUGUACUUGUCGCCAGAUACCUCACUGUCGGUGUUGGAUUUAUCAAAUAACAACCUCACUGAUAUACAAUAUGGAGUACUAAAUAAUUUACCACGUCUCGAAUAUCUUUACUUGCAGAAUAAUCAAAUUGAAAUGUUAUCGGAUGAUAGUUUAAGUUCUUUAAAGAAUUUAACAAAAUUAAUUUUACAUCAUAAUAAGAUAGAAACUUUAAACAUGAUGUUAAUAAAUUUAAAGUCAUUAAAAGAGUUAGAUAUGUCUUUUAAUAAAUUGAAAAAAAUCGCAGGAUAUGAAACUAACCGUCUAUUUUCACUAGAAAUACUAAAUAUGUCCCAUAAUGCAAUCGAAAUAUUGGAAUCAAAUUGUUUUAACCAAGCGCCUAAUUUAAAAAUUGUAGAUUUUAGUAACAACAGAAUAAUGUCUACAAUAGAAGUUAAAAUGUUUAUAAACAAUGCAAAACUUCAGUAUUUAAAUUUAUAUAAUAAUAAGGUCAAGAAAAUUGAAGACGGAUCCUUUGAGAAAAGUAAUCUUACUUAUAUUAAUUUAGAAAAUAAUUUUAUAUCAGGCGAAAUUACAAACACCACAUUUGUUGGACUAAGCGAGAUAAAAUAUUUAUGUUUAUACAAUCAAAACAUUACAGCAUUAAAAUCAAAAGCUUUUACAUGGAUGAGAAUGCUGGCUAAUUUGAACUUAAGUGUUAAUAGUAUACAGUACAUCGAUAAAGACAGUUUCAAUGAAAUGAAUUCUUUGCAUGUGCUGGAUUUGUCACAUAACAAUAUUUCAUCGUCUGUAGAUGUAGAAAAUCUUAUGCACUCAUUAAGUAAGCUCAGAACUUUAAGCUUAGGUGGAAAUCCACUUUCGUGCAAAGAAAUUGUCAGGAGUAUUAAAAUAACUACAAUGAGAUUGCUGGAAGUAACAUCAAUUGAUAAAGUUUAUCAUGAAGACAAUGUAUAUGGUAUUACGUGUGGAGACGACAGUGUUUCUAACAAAACUGUUAACUAUAAAAUUGAUCAAAAUCAUCAAGACUCUAUCACACAAGAGUCUACACUACCAAAUAUUGUUUUAAUUUGGUGCUCACUGUUGACAGUAGCUUGUGUCGUUAUAGGUGUUACGGUAUUUAUUUAUAAAAAGAAACGAAAUGGUGUAUCUAGGUUACAUUUAAGACACUCCGUUGAACUCAAUGGCUCCGAAUGUCCAACAGAUUUGUUAACUUAA